CACUGAGCAGAGCAGAGGGAGAGGAGGACCAGGAGGGGGGAGAGAGAGAGAGAGAGAGAGAGAGAGAGAGAGAGAGAGAGAGAGAGAGAGAGAGAGAAACAAAGAGAGAGGGAGGGAGGGAUAGGGGCUCACACACACACACAUACACACACAUACACACAGAGAGAGAGAGAGAGCGAGAGAGAGAGAGAGAGAGAGCGAGAGCAUAAAGUGAGAGAGAUAACAUAGAUAGAAGCAGGGAAGAGAGGGGAGCAUGAGAGCUGAACUGUUCUGCUGAGAACAUACAUCUUGUUGAAGUUUUGAGUCAGUAGUUGGAGCAUCAGGACAGGAUGGCUGUCCUGCGUCUUUACAGUCUGCUGCUGCUGUUCAUGGCUCCUGUUCAUGGCCAGUGGUGGAGUGUGUUCUUGGAGAAAGCACAGGAGACGACCACACAGCCUCCCACCACCAUCCCCACCACCACCCAGGUAUUGUGGACCACAGAAGGGACAGAGGUGAGCCAGGUGGGGACUCAGACGGAGGUCUUCACCACUGCACCUGUUCAGAAUACACCGCUACAGAGCACACAGGAGCCUGCUGCUGCUGGAACCACAGAGAUCAAGGCUAAGAAAAGAUCUCUGAAAAUGUGGAAGAGUCGUGGUGAGUUAGUCUGUACUGUGCAGGAGUGGAGAAACACCUGGAGUGUGCUGGGUGAUGUAGUUGUUUCAGUUUUAUUUCCGUGGGGGGAUUCUGUCCAAAAAAGUCGUCUUUAUGUUGUGGUUAAAAUAACAAUCAGUUCUGCAUUUAGUUGUUUGCACUUUCAAUGAAAGAUAACCAAUGCUGUGUGAGUUCUCAGUAACGAUUUAGCAUACAGUGAGGGAAAAAAGUAUUUGAUCCCCUGCUGACUUUGUACGUUUGCCCACUGACAAAGAAAUGAUCAGUCUAUAAUUUUAAUGGUAGGUUUAUUUGAACAGUGAGAGACAGAAUAACAACAAAAAAAUCCAGAAAAACGCAUGUCAAAAAUGUUAUAAAUUGAUUUGCAUUUUAAUGAGGGAAAUAAGUAUUUGACCCCUCUGCAAAACAUGACCUAGUACUUGGUGGCAAAAUCCUUGCUGGCAAUCACAGAGGUCAGACGUUUCUUGUAGUUGGCCACCAGGUUUGCACACAUCUCAGGAGGGAUUUUGUCCCACUCCUCUUUGCAGAUCUUCUCCAAGUCAUUAAGGAUUUUUCAGGCUGACGUUUGGCAACUCGAAACUUCAGCUCCCUCCACAUAUUUUCUAUGGGAUUAAGGUCUGGAGACUGGCUAGGCCACUCUGUGCUUCUUCUUGAGCCACUCCUUUGUUGCCUUGGCCGUGUGUUUUGGGUCAAUGUCAUGCUGUAAUACCCAUCCACGACCCAUUUUCAAUGCCCUGGCUGAGGGAAGGAGGUUCUCACCCAAGAUUUGACGGUACAUGGCUCCGUCCAUCAUCCCUUUGAUGCGGUGAAGUUGUCCUGUCCCCUUAGCAGAAAAACACCCCCAAAGCAUAAUGUUUCCACCUCCAUGUUUGACGGUGGGGAUGGUGUUCUUGGGGUCAUAGGCAGCAUUCCUCGUCCUCCAAACACGGCGAGUUGAGUUGAUGCCAAAGAGCUCCAUUUUGGUCUCAUCUGACCACAACACUUUCACCCAGUUCUCAUCUGAAUCAUUCAUAUGUUCAUUGGCAAACUUCAGACGUAUAUGUGCUUUCUUGAGCAGGGGGACCUUGCGGGCGCUGCAGGAUUUCAGUCCUUCACGGCGUAGUGUGUUACCAAUUGUUUUCUUGGUGACUAUGGUCCCAGCUGCCUUGAGAUCAUUGACAAGAUCCUCCCGUGUAGUUCUGGGCUGAUUCCUCACGGUUCUCAUGAUCAUUGCAACUCCACGAGGUGAGAUCUUACAUGGAGCCCCAGGCCGAGGGAGAUUGACAGUUCUUUUAUGUUUCUUCCAUUUGCGAAUAAUCGCACCAACUGUUGUCACCUUCUCACCAAGCUGCUUGGCGAUGGUCUUGUAGCCCAUUCCAGCCUUGUGUAGGUCUACAAUCUUGUCCCUGACAUCCUUGGAGAGCUCUUUGGUCUUGGCCAUGGUGGAGAGUUUGGAAUCUGAUUGAUUGAUUGCUUCUGUGGACAGGUGUCUUUUAUACAGGUAACAAGCUGAGAUUAAGAGCACUCCCUUUAAGAGUGUGCUCCUAAUUUCAGCUCAUUACCUGUAUAAAAGACACCUGGGAGCCAGAAAUCUUUCUGAUUGAGAGGGGGUCAAAUACUUAUUUCCCUCAUUAAAAUGCAAAUGAAUUUAUAACAUUUUUUACAUGCGUUUUUCUGGAUUUUUUUGUUGUUAUUCUGUCUCUCACUGUCUCAGCAGGGGAUCAAAUACUUUUCCCCCUCACUGUAAUGCUCUGUAAACUCUUUCCUAAAGGAAUCUGAAGACCCUGACAUGUGGCAGCUGUGGAGCUGUGGACUCAUGGUCGUUCAUUAUUUUUGUUAAAAUGGUCUCAAGCUGAUACUUGUAGUGGGAUCAUGACAGGGAUUAGUUAGCGUGUUCCCCCACAGCCUGGCAAAGCUUACUGAGUGUGGCUACGCUUUUUAAACUUGUCUAAUUGAGGCUGUGAGUUGUCAAGGGGAGCAGGCUUGUGGUUUCCUGCUAGCCCCUUGGUUUCCAAUGUUAAUCCCUAUCACAUGAUAUAAUAAUAAUAGGAUUAGGGCCAGGAGCCUUCCUGGAACCUGGGGAAAUUGGGGUCUGAGCGUGAGCAUUGUUUCAGAGCCUCCCGCUGUGCUGGGCUGGGUUGUGGGUUCAGAGAAAGGGGGAAUCAGGGACGGAUGGGUGAGGGAUGGGAGGGAGGACUGAGAUCAAGAGGCUGGAGAUGAGAGGAGAGAUACAACAUGUUCAUCAUUGAGAUGGAUGGUGCAGCAGUUAUAGGGAAAUCAAUUACCAACAUACUAUAUGUCUGAUGUCUUAACUGACUAGAAGAAUUGGGCGCUAAAUAAUCAUCCAGUAGACUCCAAGAAAAUCAUGAGUCAAAGAGGGCACAGUUGUGUCCACACUCUGCAAGCUCCCAGAUGUCUGCUCAUUCAGUAUGACAACCUACUUAAAUACCUUUACACAGGUUCACACCAUUCACCUGUAUGUUAUUAGCAUUACUGUGUUGAUAUGCUAAAACAGGCAGGGUCCUCAUUGAGGACAUCGGAUUUGCAUGUUUAGAUAUAUGUUAGACAUGAACUUCUAAUGGAUCUCUCUCUCUCUGAUCCCACUUAUUGAUUGGCUUGUCUGUGGCAGUCUGGGUUGUGUGAGUCAGUGUUUGUGUGAGGCUGCAUGUUGUGGGAGGGAUGUUCAAACACUACGACCCUCCUCCCUAAUUGUCAUGUAUUUUUCCACAUCGCUAAUUUGAUGAAUUACAGACCCAAUCAGAGACCCUGUCUAGCCUAGGAGUGGAGAUCAGAGGCCAACUGAUGUGUAGAGGAGGGUUAAUACUUGACAAGACUGAGGUAAAACUAACGGCCAAGAGGUUACCUCAGUGGAAUGUUGGGGUGAGAGUGGUCGCCACGGGAGAUGAGCUCCAUGUGGGGGAGAAUGGAGAGAAUGUGAUCGAUCUUUCUCCGCUAAGCACUCUCCCUACGCCACGAUGAUAGGCCCCCCAACACCAAUGAAAGGCUUUUCACCUUGGAGUUAUUUUGGGGGGGAUUAGGGUCUGAAGAGGGGAAGGGGAAGAAGAGGGAGAGCAAUGAUCCAUAGGUGAACGUCUAACUCAUUAGGGGUUCGUAAGUGUCAUCAGUUACCGCAGGAUGAGAUAUCCUGUACAGCUGUGCUUACGCUGUUUGUGUUCACAUGCAAACAAUGAUGUAAUAGUGAUUGUGAUGAUAGUCACGGUCAGGUGAUAGCACAUAAGUAUAUCCGCUAAUUGAUUUGUUACAUUGGAGGAUAUCCAUAAAUGUUCAGUGGUGAAAUGCCAUAUCUUCAUGACGUAUGGUGACAUAUCUUGAUGAGAGCAUUGGAUGUUAUCUUUGUACAGUUAUGCAAUGCUGAACCCUUUACAGUGCCUUGCAAAAGUAUUCAUCCCCCUUGGCAUUUUUCCUAUUUUGUUGCAUUACAACCUAAUUUAAAUGGAUUUUUAUUUGGAUUUUAUUUGGAUUUCAUGACAUUGAAAAUAGUCCAAAUUGGUGAAGUGAAAUGAAAAAAACUAAUGGACCAGGCAAGGAGGGCAUUAAUCAGAGAGGCAACAAAGAGACCAAAGAUAACCCUGAAGGAGCUGCAAAGCUCCACAGCGGAGAUUGGAGUAUCUGUCCAUAGGACCACUUUAAGCCGUACAAUCCACAGAGCUGGGCUUUACGGAAGAGUGGCCAGAAAAAAGCCAUUGCUUAAAGAAAGAACACCAUCGGCAGGGACUAGGAAACUGGUCAGAAUGGAAGGAAUGAUGGAUGGUGCUAAAUACAGGGAAAUUCUUGAGGGAACCUAUUUCAGUCUUCCAGAGAUUUGAGACUGGGACAGAGGUUCACCUUUCAGCAGGACAAUGACCCUAAGCAUACUGCUAAAGCAACACCUGAGUGAUUUAAGGGGAAACAUUUAAAUGUCUUGGAAUGGCCUAGUCAAAGCCCAGACCUCAACCCAAUUGAGAAUCUGUGGUACACCAGCGGAACCCAUCCAACUUGAAGGAGCUGGAGCAGUUUUGCCUUAAAGAAUGGGCAAAAAUCCCAGUAGCUAGAUGUGCCAAGCUUAUAGAGACAUACCCCAAGAGACUUGCAGCUGUAAUUGCUGCAAAAGGUGGCUCUACAAAGUAUUGACUUUGGGGGGGGGGGGGGGGGGGGGGGGGGGGGUGAAUAGUUAUGCACGCUCAAGUUUUCAGUUUUUUUGUCUUAUUUCUUGUUUGUUUCACAAUAAAAAAUAUACAAAUCCAUUUUAAUUCCAGGUUGUAAGGCGACAAAAUAGUAAAAAUGCGAAGUGGGGUGAAUACUUUCUUAAGCCACUGUAUCCACAGAGUUUUCUAUACAGCUUUCGGCUCAUACAUGUGAUUCUGCACAUUUUGUUUAGAUCUCAUGAAUCUGUUGUUUCCUUACAGAGCGUGGCUCUACAGGCCACCUAGACCUGACCGAGUUGAUCGGAGUGCCGCUCCCUCCCUCUGUCUCCUUCAUCACCGGCUAUGAGGGCUUCCCGGCCUACAGCUUCGGGCCUGACGCCAACAUCGGACGUCUCACCAAGACCUUCAUGCCCGACCCUUUCUUCAGGGACUUUGCCAUCAUCGUCACCAUCAGGCCCAGCAGCAAACAGGGAGGGGUGCUGUUCGCCAUCACUGAUGCGCAGCAGAAGGUGGUGCAGCUGGGGUUGGCACUGACGCCCGUGGAGGACGAGACCCAGAGGAUUCAGCUGUACUACACCGAGGGGGGGCAGGGGUCUUCACACAGCCAGCAGGUGGCGUCCUUCAAGUUGCCUGAUAUGACGAAUAAGUGGACGCGCUUCACUCUGUCGGUGCUAGACCAGGAGGUGCGCCUCUAUAUGGACUGUGAUGACUUCCACGCAGGGACCCUCCACAGGAGCAGAAGCCAGCUCAGCUUUGAACCCAGCUCGGGCAUCUUUGUGGGCAACGCUGGAGGAACUGGCCUGGAGAGGUUUGUGGUAAGUAAUGUCUACCACUUAUGUAGGUCCUCUAUAGCUCAGCUGGUAGAGCACGGCGCUUGUAACGCCAAGGUAGUGGGUUCAAUCCCCGGGACCACCCAUACACACAAAAAAUAUGCACGCAUGACUGUAAGUAGCUUUGGAUAAAAGCGUCUGCUAAAUGGCAUAUUAUUAUUAUAUUAUCUUCUGUUUCAUUUGACAAUGUUGCAGUGUGUGUGUGUGUGUGUGUGUGUGUGUGUGUGUGUAAUCACAUUCCUUGCACUGUGUAGUGUGAGUCCUACUGUAUGUUUUCCUAGUCUGUGUUAGCAUGAACAUUACUCCAAUAACAUGAUAAAAAACUCAAAGGUCAUCUGUGUUGAAUUCUUAACAACUGUACUAAAAGCUCCACAGCUGGGACUUCUUCCAACUGGCUGUGCACCAUUUGUCUAGCAUACAAUAUCGUAUUUUAACAAUAAUGUUUAGCUAUAUAAUGUAUAGUGAUUAGUGUAUGAAUGUGCUCAAGUCAUGGAUUAUAGUCACUUGAUCACAGUUUUUCAGAAUCAGCUCAUAUAAGAUUGUAUAGCUCAGCUCCAAACAUCCUGGUAUUUGACAGCCAUCGAUAGGACACAGACCUGAUUCAAGGCUAACGGGAGGUCUUGGCGGUCUCUCGGAGAGGAAGGGAGAGAUAUCAGUAAGCCUUGUUUAAUAAACAGAACCACCUCUCUGCAUGGUCAGCUCAGCUCAAGGCCUCACGUUUAUGUAUCCUGUGGUCUCUGUUCCAGUCUUCUCUUCUCUGAGAGGAGAGACUCUAAGGUUCACUGACUGAAGAAGUAAGAGGGAGAUAGUAGUUUGGUCUAGCCAAAACGGUGUCUUCCCCUUCUACCCCACAUUGACUGUCUUCCAGUGAAGUUACAGAGAGUGAGACCAUUGAGGUAUUUCAUAUAGAUUAUCUAUGGAGAGAACUGUUCAGCUGUUUCAAUAUAAUCAAUUAAAAUAUUAAUAUCAAUCAUUUUGUUGGUUAUCAUUUAAGUCCAAUAAGAGCAAAACUUCCCCUAAAGCCUGGCCACUUCAAUAUGGUCAAACAAACACUGAUGAUAAUGAAGUGAAUGUGUAUGGGACUUUAUUCUCCAUGCCUCCAAAUGAACCGUCCUGCAAUGUUCUUUAUUAGCAUGCUGCUGCGCCUUAAGAGUUGUGGUGGUAGUGAUGUGUGUUUGGGAAAGUGGUUUCCAUGGUGACGGCAGCAAAGUGGGCAGCUUUUCCUUUUGUUGUUGUGAGGCAAUUUGGUGCCGGCCAGGGGCCUGAGAGCGCCAGGAGUGGUAAAGACAGUGUCAGUCAGUCAGUCAGAGCACAGGGGCCAGAGAGGGAGGGAGGAGAGGGGGAAAUAUGGGGGGAGAGAGAGGAAGAGGAGAGGAGGCAGAGAGGGGGAGAGAGGGAGGGAGGAGGGGGGGUGAGAGGAGGGGGAAGAAGGGGGAGGGAGGUGGAAUAGGAGAGAAGCAGGGAGGUGGAGAGAGGAGGGAGAUGGGAGAUCGGUAGAGGGGUGAGUGAAGGGGGGAGAAUAAGGGGGGAAGAGAUCCAACAGAACACAGUGGACUGUCAUGCUGGGAGAUACAAUACUGCUGGGCCAAACACCGUGCCAAGAGAUGGCUCUCGCCCUUCAAAACCAGCCUGGACAAAGCUCUGGGUUUUGUUCUGAUGCAGCCUUGAUUCGUUUCACUCUCUCCCUCUAUCUGUCUUUUUAUCUUUGGACUUGUGUUCUGUCUGUGUUUCUCCUUUAGUCUGAUUUUAUGAUUUCACGGUAAAUGUGUUUCAGUCAGUAGUUUGCUGUGUUCUGUACUCUGUAUUUUACAUUACACUGAUCCCAGAUCAGAAUCUGCUACUGUACUUGAUGUUAAUCCAGUCAUCCUGUUGGCUUCUAGUUCAGGGGCCUUAGCCAAUGUUUUUGUUGCCACACUCUUUCAUGAUCAGUGGCAUUCUCUAUAAUGUCCUCCAAUGAUGUCAUCGUGUUGCACAUUACACGCUUUAGGUUUAUCACGCGGAAGGUGGAAGGGAUGCUUGUGACAAUGAAAGUUAAUGAGUGUGCCGAGGCCCGUCCCUAUCAAAUACUGCUCACAGAUUAGAAGGUGUUUAACCAUGUGAUGCCUGUAGAAAGGGCCUCUUGCCUCUAAAAGUCAGCAUUUUCUACCUGUUAAGGAAAGCCUUCAGAAUAAACGUUCCUGCUGUGUGACUCUUUUUGCUUCUCUCUCUCUCUCUCUCUCUCUCUCUCUCUCUCUCUCUCUCUCUCUCUCUCUCUCUCUCUCUCUCUCUCUCUCUCUCUCUCUCUCUCUCUCUCUCUCUCUCUCUCUCUCUCUCUCUCUCUCUCUCUCAAUUUAGCCAAUGAAAUUAGCUAUAUCAGCACAAUAACUCCAUAUUAUACAUCACCAAAGCAUUAUCACAUAUCUCUCUUUCUCUCCCUCUGUACAGGGCUCUAUCCAGCAGCUGGUGAUCAAGCCAGACCCCAGGGCUGCAGAGGAGCAGUGUGAAGAGGAUGAUCCCUAUGUAAGUGUCUACACAACAGCCUGUUCCAUAGAUAUGUAUUAAUCCAUAGCCUUGAGCUCCUGACAUUCUAAAGGCCCUGCCAGCACAGAUUCUUGAAUACGUGUUGAGCGUCUGGGUCGCAAGACUUAUUUAUGCAUGACUUGACUCUGCAUAGAGCAUACUGGUGGCUCCCUCUAGUGUUUAAAAUAUGAAAUACUGUUUACUGGUUGAUCGCUUCACUGGCUCUCACACAUCACUCACCAUGUAACAACAUUUGAAUGUACAAAGCUGCAAAUUAUGGAAUGAAGAGUUAGUUCUCUCUAGUGGUUAGUGAGAGAAAUGCUACUUCUAGGUCACUGGUGUCAAUCUCUUCUUUGAAUAGAGAUGUGUGGUAAUGUCUCCUGUAUUCCAGGCUUCUGGGGAUGGGAGUGGGGAUGACACGUUGGAUGACCGUGAAACAGAGGACGAGUUGAUGAAGAACAUGGAACGAAAAAAGGAAACAGCACAGGUGAGUAAAAGUGGAAGGUGUUAGCAUGGGGUGUAAGAGAUGAAUGUGUUCAGUGAAAGAGAAUGUCAACGGACGCUGGGUGAGCAUUGGUGAGAGAAAAAACUUCUGCACAACUAAGAUUGACUUGGACACAAAGCACAUUGUUGUCUGAGCAACACUCUCUGACAGACUUAAUUGGAAGUCUCUUACAUAAGCCUUUGACAUGUAGCGAAACAUAUUUUCUGUUUCAUCAGUUUGUCAGUCAGACAUUUGUACUGGUACAAAACACAAGUAUGUAAAAGUGAACACUGGGGGAUAUAUUCCAUUAGGGAGAUUCAGUACCUCUAUCUCUCUACGCAGAGAUACGUCUCUACACUGGCCUUUGAUGUGUCUGUUAUGGCUAUGGGUAGCAGUGGUUCUUUAUCAGGAAAGUGUGGCCAACCCCCACAUCCUUGUCAAGAGGAAGCAAACACAGAUACAGUGCUGCACUCGUGUACCCAGUGAACACCCCUUUUUUGUUGUCUGUUUCUCUUCCAUUGUGGGAUUGCCCCAGAUUCUGGCUGUGUGUAUGCUACAUUCACUUUCAUCCUCCUAUCACUAGCCUUGUAACACACUGUACUUCCCCUUAACAACCCACAAUCUGCCCUGACCCCAAUUACUACAAAUAAACAUAUAACAUAAGUUGUCUGUUCUUAUUUGAAGUUUGUUUUAAUUAGCUAGAUAUUUUCUGUGUUACUCCUCAAUAUUUCAAAUAAAUUGGACAUUGCUUUACUAGUUUACUUACUCUUCGUUCCUGCUUCCCUCCCUCCAACCCCCCACCCCCCUCUCUCUCUUUUUACAAUUUUUUUGCAUUCACUCUCUUUAUCUAUCUCUCUUCCUCCCUACAUUUUUCCCCCUCCAGCCAAAGGACAUGCUAAGCGGGCUGGUGCGAGCCCUGCCCACAGAGUCUCCGGAGGUGGAGCUGGAUGAGUACUCAGGUCACCUGACCCCCACAGACAAGGCCCAUCAGGAGAUGCUGCUCAAAGGUGGAGAAGGCAGGUUCACCAUACUCUUAUCUUAACCAAUCAUAUCAUGGCAUUACAAGGCACUUUCAAAUAACUUGAUAGGCGAGCUUGAUUUAACUCACCCGGUGACUAUGUAAAUUGUUAUUAGAUUUUCCCUUUUUAUUGAUCAAUCUUAUCUGUCUCUCAUUGGCUAAUCUUGUUGUUUGAAUACAUCAUAUAUCCCUCAAUGGUUAGCAUUAUUGAAGCCUCAUUGGUUAAUCCUAUUGGUGUCUAUUUUUCCUCUCUCAGGAUCCCACCAGACAGAGGAGCCAGGGGAGAGGUCAGGGGAUGUAAGUAAUAGCUCAGAUGACUUAUACGUAACAUGCCUCAAAACCUGCUUUAAAUGCUUAAGUUAUUCAGCUUAAGUUAUUCAGUAUUACGUUAUUCAGUAUCUAAUACAUCUUACACAAUGUUCUUCUGCUGAUCCUCAGGGCAACCCUCUUAGCCACAGACAGAAAGGAGAGCAAGGAGAGCCUGGGCCUAUGGGUCCUGCUGGCCCCCGUGGCCCCCCUGGCCCUUCCACUCCCUCUGAGGAUAGGUCUGGACACAGCCAGCCAGGACCCAGGGGCCCUCAGGGGCCUUCAGGGCCAACAGGGGCCCCUGGAGUGCCAGGGAAGGACGGACAGCCAGUGAGCUUUACUUCAUUAUAAUCUCCCAUUACUCUGUGAUAGUAGUACAUGUUUGAUUAUGUUUUAUAUUACCUUCACUUCACUUGACAAGACUGAACAGAUAGGAUAAAUAAAGGAGUGUUCUCAUUUUUCAGGGAAGCAAGGGUGAAGAUGGAGACCCAGUGAGUAAAUCUGGUCUUGUGUCAAAUGUAUACUGUUUUGUUAUGUUAUUAUAGAAAAUACUGUAUGUCUUUAAAUAUGACCUAAUCUAUGUUAAUCCCCACAGGGACAAAGAGGACCCCAGGGAUUCCCAGGUUUGGCAGGAGAGGUUGGAGUCAAAGGAGAUAAGGUACAAAAAUAAAAAGAAAGAUAUUGAAUGUGUGUGAGAUAGGCAGUUAGUCUUACCCUGUAUUCUCUUCUGUACAGGGGGACCCAGGAGCAGGCUUACCGGGGCCUCCAGGCCCCCCCGGACCUCCCGGACCUCUCAAAUCACACAGUGUACCGGUGGGUGUCAGUGUAACAUCCUGGAAACAUCGGAUUGAACUGGGGAUCAAAUGGGGAUUUGUGUUUAAUUGCCUGUUUUCCUUUGAAUUGCAGUAUGGAGAGGAUGCACUCGGCUCUGGCUUUGGGGACCUUGACGAUACAGAAUUGAUCCGAGUAAGAACAUUCUUCUAAUCUGUCAUUCUGCUGUCAGUCUAUCUGUUAUGUUUUUUUCUCUAAUAAAAUGUCUCUAGGAGGAGUAUUUUAGCCUCGUAUUACCAGCCUGAUCUCGCAAGCUUUCAUAAAAAUGUUUUGCUACACGGAAUCAUAUAUUUGCGUAAGCUUGCGAGAUCAGACUGGUAGUACGAGGCUAAGAGUAUUCACCACUUGAUGUUAAACAUGUGGUGGUGGUGUUUCAUCUGAUCACCUAGAGUUGAGACAACUCCACUAGAAUGACGUGAUGAAUUUACAGUGAGGAGUCCUCUCUCUCCUAGGGUCCCCCUGGUCCUCCCGGCCCUCCAGGUCAACCUGGCCCCCCUGGUCCCACCAGUUACUUCAACGCCUCCGAGGGCUUAUUCCCUGGACAGCCAGGUCCUCCGGGCCCACCUGGCAGAGACGGCCUUGUUGGGAAACCUGGACCUCCAGUGAGUUCUCUCUCUAUCCCACAUUAUCUUUAUUAAGAUCCAUUAUGGAUGUUUCCACCUGUUACCAACUGUUAUUGAUGUUCCCACUUUUGUUUUGUAUUGGAAAUGUUAUUUUAUACUCUAUAUGUGUAUGCAUGCAUUGUAGCUGACAGUGGUUUCCUCUCUACUCUCUGUUAUUGACCUGGCUGUCACUGGCCUUUAUUGUUUCAGGUGAUUGAGGAUUGGUUUAGUGGUUCUGGCUCGGGCUCUGCGUUUGGCUCUGAGUUUGGCUCAGGGUUGUUCGGCUCUGGGCUUGGUUCUGGCGAGGUAUUGCCCUGGUUCCUUCACUGAACCAGUAGGCUUGAAAAGGCAGACUGUUCUCUCCAACCAUGUUUUCUAACAGCCUGGCUCAUUGAACUUACUGUACGUGAGGUGUGUGUGUUUGUGUGUGUGUUUGCACGUGUGUGUGUGUGUGUGCUUAUUGCCCAUUGUUCUUCUGCUUUGAGUUGUUUACCCAUCUAUGAAACCAUCAGGGGUCUAUGCUUGUCCCCAUCCUCUCAUUAAAUGGGAAGUAACCCAGGUUUGACAUCCUCUCAUUAAAUGGGAAACAACCCAGGUUUGACUUCAACUGCCUUGAUGGACAUUAAGCUUGAGCUAUGUGCUUCAUACAUCAAACAUGGUCCAGCUACAUUGGAGAGAACUUUCCUUUUAAUAUAAGUCUGUUGCGUGUGUGCUUUCACUAACUGCAUUUAUGGAGCUUGCCCUUUAUGUUUUACAGUUGAUGAGCCAUGUUGUUCCUUCAGGAAUGGCAAAAGGGAAAAUGGUGGCACCGGCUGGCUAAGAUUUAUUAAAAUGUUUGUUGAAACUAUUUAGACAGAGGAAUAUAAUAUUUUAUGAUGGAAAGUAACUAAUUAUGUGGAAUUAAAGUUUAAAAAACAAUCUCAUCAUGAGUAAUUAUGAUGAGAAACCUUUUAAAUGACUUGGAAGUUCUCUUUGCAAUGGUAUAUAUGGUAGCUACUAUGACACUAAGGAAAGCAAGACAGUCUUGGUCAUGGUUAACUAGUCACUUGUGUGACCUGUAUGUGUAGGAGAUUCAGAGAGCGACGGUUGUGACAUCACAUCUCUCUGCUGUUGAUUUCAGGGUCAACCUGGUCUGAAUGGGGAUGGUGGGCCGACAGGGCCUAAAGGUCUGAAGGUAAGAUGACAGUAACUUAGGAGGCUAUUGUUUGUACUUUACAAGGGAAAUUAGCUGGCUAGAUCCCCUAUUACCAUUUCCAUUGCAAAUGUUUACUCUAACCUAUCUGUCUUCCUCACAUAGGGUGAACAAGGACUAGCUGGACUAAACGGACCAAUGGUAUUUCUAACCAUCUGACAACAGUUAUCAAUUAUAAAAUGCUUUAAUCAAACAAUGAGACCUAUGUUUCUAACCAUGCUGCUGACAUGCAGAAACAUCUACUUUAGGCUUUGUCAUUUUAAGUCAAAACUAUACUUUGUUCUUCAUAGUCAGUUAAAUGGGUUUAUUCUUCCUCGCAGGGUGAAUCAGGUGACCCAGGGUUGGUAGGAGCUACAGGACCGAGGGGACCAGAGGGGAAGAGGGGCGACCCUGGACCUCGUGGGCUGCCUGGUCCCCCCGGACCCCCAGGAGGAGGAUUCUUUGUCGAGGUAUUGUUUUGUUGAUUUUACUGUUGAGUCAGUUUCCCAUCAUACUGUUGUCUUGUUUUGUCUCUAUUGAUUCUGAAUGCAACAAUGUUGUGUGUUGGUGCUUGCAGGACGUGGAGGGGUCUGGGAAGAAUGACAUGGUCCUUGGCGCAGGACUCAAAGGCCCUCAGGUGAUUGAGAGUGGUAUAUGUGUGUAUCUCCUGUAGUUUUGAAGUACUUUUAUAUUGUAUUUCUCCUUGAGUUUCAAUGAGAAUAACUGUUGUUAUCUACUCUCUUCUGUAGGGAACUCCUGGUCUCCCUGGCCCUGCAGGACCAAAGGUAGGAUUACAAACAAGGAAAAUAACUAGCCUGUGGAAAAAACUAGGUUCACAUGGAAAUCUGAUCAGUUGUAUAUCCUGUCUGUUUUCUACAGGGUGAAGAUGGGAAGGAUGGGGCUCCUGGGUUGUCAGUGAAGGUUGGUUGCAUCUCUCUUACACCACCUUCUACAAUAUUAUUAGUGGACAUUGGUGGUUGUGUCUUCACCUUUGUUCUGUCUCUUUUCAGGGUGAGCCUGGUGCUUAUGGACCUGAGGGACUCCAAGGGCUAGCUGGGUUACCAGGCGUGAGGGUCAGUAUUGAACCAGAAAGCAUUGCAUCUCUCAUCUGCAGUAACCAUGAAUUUAAAGUUUGUAGCUAGCUAAACCUCAACUACUACCUGGCUACUAUGUUUCACUGUGUUGUGUGUGCUUGUCUCUGUAGGGAUUGAAAGGAGACAAAGGCGAUCCAGGACCAAAGGUAUGUUAGACAGCAGAACGACUCCAAACUAACCCUGAUGUGGGCUUUUCUUCUACCAUCUUCUACUGUUCAUCAUAUAAUACUUGUGGUUGUAUCAAAGCCUGUUACAACCAAAGAUGGUCUAUAAUGUUGUAUCAUUCAAAUGGCUUGUAGAGUUCAUGGGGGUUCUUUGUCCUAACUGUCCUGUGUUCUGUGUCUUCCAGGGGGAGUGUGGUCCUGAUGGACACAGUUUACCUGGUCCUCCUGGUCCUCCCGGCCCUCCAGGACCAAUCAUCAAUCUGCAGGAUGUACGUCCACUCCACACACCUCUCAUCUCCUGUCUGAGUACUGUUUCACAAAUAACACACACACAUUGAACAGGAAUAGAGCUAUUGUGGUUUAUUAAGGGUUAUUACCUUCAUCAGUAUUCAUAUAUUCAUAGUUUGUACAGUAUGUAAAGUGUAUAGCUAGUUUAGCUACAGUAGAUUUGCUACUGUAAUCAAUAUGUCAUAUGUUUAUCCUCAGCUCCUCGUGAACAAUACAGAGGGCAUGUUUAACAUCACUGAGAUCCGUGGGCCGCCUGGCCCAAUGGUGAGUAGCACAAUGUUCAUUUGGUGUAUUUCUGAAACUAGCCCAUUACAUUUAAAUGGUAAUAUCCAUUAUGCUUUACAUUAAAUGGUCUGGAUGCUGGAGCAUGGCACAUAUCAAUAUGCUUCAGGGCAGUUUGCAUUUAUUGCUAUUUCAUGCAUGAGCAAUUAUUCAUUCACAUCUGUCAUGUGUGAAGCUAGAAUGGCCUGUUUUCAAUUGCAAUGCGUGUUUACUAAGAUACUCGUAGGCUCAGCUAAGGGUCAACCUAACCAACCAUUAACGCAACCAUAAUGCAUACUUGAUCCAUAAUACAGGUUACGUAUACAAUGCAUAUGCUUCACCUACUUACAUAAUGUAUACACUUACACUCAACCAUGAUGUUAUCAGGUUUAAAAGCUUGUUCUUACAUUACAGCCUUGGAAAUGUUUGUACUGUAUUCUGUGAGAUGGAUGUUAUCAUGCUAGUAAAUGCUGCAAAGACACUGCAUGCUACUUUAUUAUUGCAUGUGAUUGACAGCUAUGCUAACCCAGUCCUGCUACCUGCCUGUGUGUGUUUUGCUGCAUGUCACAGGGCCCUGAAGGCGAGCCUGGCAGAGCAGGAUUCCCUGUAAGAGCAACUCCAUACUUAAUAUGUAAUUACUGGGUUGUUCCACGAAAAGAGUGCCCUUUGUUUGAUAUUUUAAGUAAAAAUUGUGCACUAAUAUUGCAUUUUAAAAAGUCUGUGCCGUUUAAUAUAGACCACAUGGAGAAUUCAAUAAAUCAGAUUUCUGAUAUGAAUAAAGGCUUGCUAAAGUGCCAAUAUUCAACAUUUUGACAUGUCCCUCCAUCAACACUGUGUCACUUCUAGGAAGAUGUUAACCCACUUAAUCCCAAAAUGUCUCCAAGUUUCACCAUUGUAAAGCCCUAGUUAUUUUGUUGCUUUGACAAAGUCAUUUCUGAAGAUUAUUAUUUAUUUGAAGUGAUUAGUGAUUCAUUUACAGUAUGUCUGUCCCUCAUUUUAAGGUCAAAGCUGUUACGUGAACUGAACUCGUAAUAUGGUGAAACUAUUCCUUAAAAAAAAAAUAACAAUAAAAAAGAAACAUUGAACAUCUAAUAUUCAAAUCAUAGCGUAAAAGCAGGUGAGCUAGUUCUACCCUUUUUGGCAAUUUUCUGGUGUUUUGUGGUGGAGAACUGAGCGGGUCGAGCAUAACAAGUCAACCCUGUUACCCAUAGAUAGACAGACUAGAAAUGUUUUAACAAUUGCAUUUUUUGGGUGAAGCUUGCAUUCAAUUGCCACUCCCUGUUGCACACAACAGAAUUUAUGGCUGAUUUAAGAAGAAAUCGUCACUCCUGUUACGGUCAACCAUGUUACGGUCAACACUUACUUUAUUCGGCACUUAAUAGGCACUUAAUAUAGUAUAAUUUUGUAUUAACCUCUUAAGAUGGGAAAACAUGUUUUUUAUGAAGUUAGACUUGUUCUUUAUGACAGAAUGUUAAAAUUAGGUGAAAUAAAACAUGUUUUUUUCUAACCAAGUUACACUUCUCAAAAGGCACCGAAUUGGUGGAACGACCCAACCCCAUGUAUAACAUGCAGGAUGCGUUUUAUAUUUAUGUACUACUGUAAAUACCAUGCUGAUUUAAUUUAGUCUUUGCUGACAUGGGAAGGAAUUGGGUAGGUUCCUUAUCAUAAUGAGAAGAGUCUGUAGUUCUGAAUAAAACAUAUAUUUUGACUCACCUACUAUAAGUAAAUAUGCUCUAAUACGCUUAUCUUCUCUGUCCAUAAUUAUUAUUGUGGUCUUUGCCCAGGGCCCAAGAGGACCAAAGGGUGACAUUGGGCUUCCUGGUCUUCAUGGUUCACCAGGAAUGAAGGUAAGGAUCAGAGGAGGCUCUGUUAAUGUUUACUGCCCCUCCAUGCCAGAUAAUUACUACUUUAUGGAUCUUACAUCAGAUCCAGAUAGGACUUUAACAACCUAACCAAGACCUGAUGAUCAUGUCUAUGUCUACUAUGUCUUUCUUCCUCAUAGGGUGCGAAAGGGGAAGCUGGUGUCACUAUCGCUGCCGACGGGACUGUGUUGACAAGUGUCAGGGGCCCACAGGGGCCAAAAGGAAUCAAGGUGACUCCUCUCUCUACCUCUAGGGUCAAUCGUCACUGUAUGGUAGUGGUUUUCUGAUGAUUCAGUGCUCUGACCAUGUCUAUGUGCUUUUCAAAGGGUGAGCGUGGCUUCCCUGGAGCUUAUGGUGUCAUGGUAAGUAAAUGAUGCCUUGUAAAAGCAUAAAAUAAUGCUCUAUAAAACGUACACUUGUAUUUGCUAUACAUAUCGUUAUCUAUAACAACUGUAAACAUCUAAACAUCUAAAGACCUCCCGAGUGGCGCAGUGGUCUAAGGCACUGCAUCGCAGUGCUAGCUGUGCCACUAGAUUGCCUGGUUUGAAUCCAGGCUCUGUCGUAGCCGGCCGUGACCGGGAGACCCAUGGGGCGGCGCACAAUUGGCCCAGCGUCGUCCAGGGUAGGGGAGGGAAUGGCCGGCAGGGAUGUAGCUCAGUUGGUAGAGCAUGACAUUUGCAACGCCAGGGUUGUGGGUUCGAUUCCCACGGGGGGGCAGUAUGAAAAAAUUAUGUAUGCACUAACUGUAAGUCGCUCUGGAUAAGAGCGUCUGCAAAAUGACUAAAAUGUAAAUGUAUCUACUGUCUAGUGGGUGAAAGUGAAAUGAUAGAAAACCAUGUUCUUUCUCAGGGACCAAUUGGACCAACUGGACAAAAGGGAGAAUACGGGUUCCCUGGUCGACCGGUCAGUGCUUUUUCUCAACCCUCUGCUGUUUUAUUUUGGUUGAGUAAAAGAUGAGUCACUGUAUUUUUCCCUGUCUAAGUGUUGGCCUUCUUACCUCCACAGGGGAGACCUGGAAUGGCAGGGAAGAAGGGAGACCAGGGAGAUGCCAUUGGUCAACCAGUAAGAAUUGCCAUCUUGAAAGAUGAUUUUAUGCGAUUACAGUACAAUCAACUAACUAACUGACAGAAAAGUGAGGUGUCAUUGACUGUGAUUGAUUGAUCUGUGUGAUUGUGUUUGUAGGGACUUCCUGGCCCUCCUGGCCCUCCCGGUCCCCCAGGACCAGUAACAGGACUCAACGGAGUAAGUACAGUAUGCCUGUAUAAGUGCACAUUGAUGUCAUUGCUGUAUUAGUACACAUUGAUGUCAUUGCUGUUUCUCUACUAUAAUUAGUAUGCGCUGUGGAGGGGAUUGGUCCUUUGAUUUAAUAGCAACGUUCAUAUAAUAGCAAUAAGACCCACUGGAGACAAACAAAACAGAACAAAAUGAAUGGUAGUUUGUCUCCAGUGAUGAUCUAAUGUCAACACAUGAAGAACUCGCUUUCAUUGGAUAUCCAGAUGUCGUCAAUGAUGUCAUCAUCAAUGCUAGUCUGAUGUCAUAAUUUUCCUCUGAAUCUUAAAGACAGUUUUUCCGGUCCGUCCCAGACCGUUCUGCAAAACACCAGUAAGUUUGUGUUUGAGCCCUUUUAAGGCUCUUUGAGUGUGGCGGCGCAUGUAAGUCCGUGGGCUCUUACCCCUAACAGGCAGCCCCUCCCUCCCCUCCCCUCCCCUCCUGUCUGCAGCCGUGCUGUGUCUCCCUCAGUGUUUCCUGGGUUUGUGGUGGUCCUCACGACAGCAUAAAGCUGGCUCCUGCUCCUCCGCAGGUCAUAAGGUCAUAUGUGACAUCAUACAGUCACAACCACACUGUCUAGUCACAUUGACUUCAAUACAUCAAUUUCAGAAUCUAUGAAUUCAAACUCUUUAGAAUCUUCAGCCUGCUUUAUGCUGACGGUGUAAAAAUCCAGGGGAAAUCUAGAGCUUUUUUCCCCUUGAGUGUUCCUGUUCCUUUAACUCUGAGCCCUGGUGUGGCGUGGUGGAAGGUCUCUACCCCCGGCAUGUUGCUGUUGCAUGUGGUUUUAUCUGUUGUUUUUUUAGCUUUACAGCGCUAAAAUGUUAAGGCUAACUCCUGUGAUUCAAGGUGACCAACCAAAAUAAGAACAUUAAACUGAGUUUCUUACUACCUCUCGCCAUCCCUGUCCUCAUUCUAUGUUUAACUGGUGUGUGCAAGGCUGUCAGCGAUGUUUUAAAACCCAAAUUAAUUACAAAUCUCUCUCCAAUAACGAAAAGUCUCUUUUAAUUAUCAGACGUUUUUGAAUGGCCAUCUUGACUGAAACAAAACAACUAUACCUGUUGUGUGUGUAUAGGAUGUAAAGCUGUUUUAUUGUUGAUUAUUUGGUGGUUUUGGUGGUGGAUCUGGUUGUGGGUAUAAUUUCAUAUUUUAACCAUGUAGUUUGUGACAUCCUUCCACAAUAACUUUGAGCCGCAAUAACAGCACAAUAACCAUACCAUUUUGACUUGUAGGUUAAUGGCAGCAAAGGAUCGUCACAAGGUAAGUCAUCAGAUAUUCCAUUGUACGCAAGACAUACAUUAUACUCUUGUGAUAAUGAAUCUGAUCAUACAGUUGAAGUCGGAAGUUUACAUACACUUAGGUUGGAGUCAUUAAAACUUGUUUUUCAACCACUCCACAAAUUUCUUGUUAACAAACUAUAGUUUUGGCAAGUCGGUUAGGACAUCUACUUUGUGCAUGACACAAGUAAUUUUUCCAACAAUUGUUUACAGACAGAUUAUUUCACUUAUAAUUCACUGUAUCACAAUUCCAGUGGGUCAGAAGUUUACGUACACUAAGUUGACUGUGCCUUUAAACAGCUUGGAAAAUUCCAGAAAAUGUUGUCAUGGCUUUAGAAGCUUCUGAUAGGCUAAUUGACAUCAUUUGAGUCAAUUGGAGGUGUACCUGUGGAUGUAUUUCAAGGCCUACCUUCAAACUCAGUGCCUCUUUGCUUGACAUCAUGGGAAAAUCAAAAGAAAUCAUCCAAGACCUCAGAAAUGAAAUUGUAGAUCUCCACAAGUCUGGUUCAAACUUGGGAGCAAUUUCCAAACUCCUGAACGUACCACGUUCAUCUGUACAAACAAUAGUAUGCAAGUAUAAACACCAUGGGACCACGCAGCCAUCAUACCGCACAGGAAGAAGACGCGUUAGGUCUCCUAGAGAUGAACGUACUUUGGUGUGCGAAAAGUGCAAAUCAAUCCCAGAACAACAGCAAAGGACCUUGUGAAGAUGCUGGGGGAAACAGGUACAAAAGUACCUAUAUCCACAGUAAAACGAGUCCUAUAUUGACAUAACCUGAAAUGCCGCUCAGCAAGGAAGAAGUCACUGCUCCAAAGCCGCCAUUAAAAAGGCAGACUACGGUUUGCAACUGCACAUGGGGACAAAGAUCGUACUUUUUGGAGAAAUGUCCUCUGGUCUGAUGAAACAAAAAUAGAACUGUUUGGCCAUAAUGACCAUUGUUAUGUUUGGAGGAAAAAGGGGUAUGCUUGCAAGCCGAAGAACACCAUCCCAACCGUGAAGCACGGGGGCGGCAGCAUCAUGCUGUGGGGGUGCUUUGCUGCAGGAGGGACUGGUGCACUUCACAAAAUAGAUGGUAUCAUGAGGAAGGAAAAUGACGUGGAUAUAUUGAAGCAACAUUUCAAGAAAUCAGUCAGGAAGUUAAAGCUUGGUCGCAGAUGGGUCUUCCAAAUGGACAAUGACCCCAAGCAUACUUCCAAAGUUGUGGCAAAAUGGCUUAAGGACAACAAAGUCAAGGUAUUGGAGUGGCCAUCACAAUGCCCUGACCUCAAUCCUAUAGAAACGUUGUGGGCAGAACUGAAAAAGCGUGUGCAAGCAAGGAGGCCUACAAACCUGACUCAGUUACACCAGCUCUGUCAGGAGGAAUGGGCCAAAAUUCACCCAACUUAUUGUGGGAAGCUUGUGGAAGGCUACCCGACACGUUUGACCCAAUUUAAACAAUUUAAAGGCAAUGCUACCAAAUACAAAUUGAGUGUAUGUAAACUUCUGAGCAACUGGGAAUGUGAUGAAAGAAAUAAAAGCUGAAAUAAAUCAUUCUCUCUACUACUCUGACAUUUCACAUUCUUAAAAUAAAGUGGUGAUCCGAACUGACCUAAAACAGGGAAUGUUUACUAGGAUUAAAUGUCAGGAAUUGUGAAAAACUGAGUUUAAAUGUAUUUGGCUAAGGUGUAUGUAAACUUCCGACUUCAACUGUACAUGGUGAUCAUCAUAACAGUUUGAUCACUAGUCUAUGGAGAAAUAUUUUCAACAUCUACAUACAGAUGAGCUCAGUUGUCUCAUACACCUGUACUGUAUUUCUAUAAAGGUGGCAGGAGAGGAAACGGAGGUGCUAAAGGGGAAAAGGGAGAGGUUGGACUGCCUGGAACGCCUGGAGAACCAGGUAUGUAUGUGCAGCCAGGGGUGCAGGUUCUCCUCCAUUUAACUUGUUUAUUGGCAAUUAUUGCACUUGAUUAGAACAGAAACUGUAUGCAUGAGCGUCCUCAGACGUGUUUGCAACCGACAUACAAGAUGACAGUUCAAUAAGAUGUGUCUUCUCCCUCAUCAGAUGAUGUUCUACAGGAAGGCUUUGUAGUGAGUAUUUUACCUUAACUUCUUUAAGGAACAUUUACCGGUUCAAAAUUCAAAUACUGUAUAAGUAGUGGAAAUGUAUGUUAUGUUAAACUGUUAUGCAUGUCAUAAUAUAUGAAUAGUCUGAUUCAACCAAACUGUUUGUUCCUCAGGGAGAAAAAGGAGAUGUGGGCUAUAAAGGAAUGAAAGGAGACAAGGGUGAACCUGGGUUGCCUGGCCCUCCAGGUCUUCCUGGGAGAUCAGGCCUUGUGGUGAGUAAUUACAGGCUCAAAAUACUCAACAAAGUACAAUAUACAUUUUACAAACUAUAGUCAAUGUAAAUAGCAAAAUACACUAAUUUGCAUACAUGAUAAAGCUAUUAAUUAGACAUUUCUGUACAUUUGACAGUGUCUCUGACCAUUUUGUAUAUGCUUAUGUAGGGGCCAAAAGGUGAGUCCAUCGUUGGCACCCUUGGUCAUCCUGGAGCUCCUGGUGAACCAGGGGUUCCUGGCAUUGGACGACCAGGCUCUCGGGGGCCCCCUGGCCCUGCCGGACCCCCUGGACCACCCCCUGUCUAUGGCUCAGGUAACUGUGCACUGUGUGCUCGCUAAAAUACAACGUCUUAAACUUGGCCUUGCUGUCGAGUUCCAUGUGUAUGUAUUUGAAAGGCACAAAUGUAUGUUUGGUAGACCUAUAGUACACUGCUAUACCUUUGUAUUACUGUUCUAUUUUUCAGCUGUCAGUAUUCCUGGCCCACCUGGGCCUCCCGGUCCUCCUGGCAUUACUGGCUAUGAAAACCCGGUAAGACAACCAGUAGGGUACUUAUAUACUCACCAAGUCAGCAUAGGUAAACACACAGGGAAAUGUGUGUUUGUGUGUACCUACUUGUGUGUGGGUUUGCGUGUGCACUAGUUCUCACAUUGUCACCAUGGAUUGGCUUGAGUAGCGAUGUCCAGAUGAUUCAGUGUGAACUUCCUCUCUUCUCGCCCCAGGUGACCACAUACAGGAACACCAACACUCUGAUGAGGGAGAGCCACCGUGCUGCAGAGGGCUCCAUGGCCUACGUCUCAGACAAGGGAGAACUCUACAUUAGAACUAGAGAUGGCUGGCGCAAGGUUCAGGUACUGCAUGCCUUUACAGUCCCACAAUCCCACAGUGAUGUCUCCAAUUAAUUAAAGCCUUUGAUAUGGCUAAAUUCAAAGCAAAUUGUGAUGUUGCCUGUGCUUAUUCAGUGAGGUGUGUCCUGUCUCCCCAGCUUGGUGAGCUGAUCCUCGUCCCAGCAGAGAGCCCAUCCUCUGCAGUGUCCCAGGCCCUGAGCAGACCAGGAGAUCGCAGCAGACCCCACAGGCCACACAGCCAGGUACUUUGGCUACAGUAACACACAACCCGCUGUGGUUACAUUGAACACUACAUCCGAUCUCUCUUCACAGUCUAUUAUGAAUGUUUAAAUUCUGAUUUCAUUAUUCAAAGUGUCAAUCUGCGCUUGUGUCUGUUUUUUUAGGAACUAGUUGGAACUAGCUACGUGCCCAACUAUAAUGUCCUACCUCAUACAGUACACUCAGUACCAGGGGUAAGGUGGAAUUUAAACCUCUCAGUUGCACAUAGUCACCAUGGACUUGCUUGAGGUGUGUUGUCUAUGUUUACGUCCAUUGACUUUUGCCCCCCUCAGCUGCACCUGGUGGCCCUGAAUGCUCCGUUCUCUGGGGAUAUGCGUGGCAUCCGGGGGGCAGACUUCCAGUGCUACCAGCAGGCCCGAGCCAUAGGUCUCACUGCCACCUACAGAGCCUUCCUGUCCUCACACCUCCAGGACCUGGCCACUAUCGUCAAGAAGGGAGACCGCUACAACAUGCCCGUCAUCAACCUCAAGGUACAGUUGUUGUCUCUUAUGACAACUAAAACAUAAACAAUGGACUGAUAGGUCCUUAGUUUUUUGGUUAUGAUGCGGUUGUUGAAAAUAAAGCAAAGCCAGUUCAGAAAGGGAACCCAAAAUUAGAUGCUAGUAACAAUCACGCUUACCUUAUUUGGCGGUCUAUUUCAUCUGACUGGUUCUGCUCACACAUCCUGCUGCUGCUUGCUGCUAGGAUGUGUUUGUUUAUUUUGCUCCCACCACCCCAGCCUCCACCUGUUAGGUUCUGUUUUCCUGCUAGGGGAUUGGUACUGUAUAGCCAUCCGCGCUCCCUGCUUGUAGGUCAUUUGAUAUAUUGACGCUUUGCUUGGACAGUGAGCUACCCUGAAGGAGCAGAGCCUAUAUUACCAAGACUUGUAUUAUUCAUUCUUUAAUAAAUAGUUAAACAUAUUUCUACGUGGUGUUUCCUUUCUGAACUACAGGAAGUCUGUGACUGUAAAUGUAGCUUUAACCAUAUAUUUUACACAGGGAGAGGUGAUCUAUAGCAGCUGGAUGAACAUCUUCUCUGGGAACGGAGGCAUGUUUGACCCAUCCAUCCCCAUCUACUCCUUUGAAGGACGGAACGUCAUGACGGACACUACUUGGUGAGUGACCAGCUUUGGCUGACCCCUUAAAAGACAUACAGAGAACAAUCACAGAUUGGGAUAUUUAGGUGAACAUCGAUGAAAGUCACUCUGGAUAGGAGUGUCUGUAAAUGUAAAAUGUCAAAGGUCUGUGUUUAACUCUCUGUGUGUGUUUUCUGUGAACACAGGCCUCAGAAGCUGGUGUGGCAUGGCUCCAGUACGGUGGGCAUCCGUGUGACCACUAACUACUGCGAGGCGUGGCGAGCGGGUGACAUGGCGGUGACGGGCCAGGCCUCGCUCCUCCAGACAGGCAGACUUCUGGGCCAACACACCCGCAGCUGCUCUAACCAUUUCAUAGUGCUGUGUAUUGAGAACAGCUACAUUGACCACAGGAGGUCUAAUUAA